CCCCUCUGGUUACUAUAUGAGGAGGCAACUUUGCGAUCCCUGAACAAGAUACAGAUAACCCUGGUUGUGGUCCUGUUGAUCCCUCCGCUCGACUGAAGUCUGCGGCUGUCUGAGGGAGAGAUCAUUGGAUCUGAGCGCACUCCGCCGUGGGAAUUAUUAUUAUUUUGAAUUAUCGGUGCAGCCAGACCUCAAGAUGCCUCGGUCAUUCCUUGUCAAGAAGUAUUUUUCCAACAAGAAGCCGUGCUACAGGGAGAGCCAACUUGAGAGCCAAACUGCUUUUGUCCCAGAAAGCUUUCCCCGGGCUGAACUCCCAACGCAGAACAACAGCUCUGCCCUGACCUGCUACCCCACCAACCCAUUCUUCAGCAGCAUGGACACCCUGCCUGCCCCUCUCUCCCCGAUCACCCCUGUGUCCCUCUCCCCUUCACCGCUUGGCCCUCUGGACCUCAGCAGCUCUCCCUCCAGCAGCAGCAGCGAGGAAGAGGAUGACGGUGGGCGUACUUCAGAUCCCCCCAGCCCGGAUAUCAUCCAGCACAUCUACCACUGCCUGCACUGCAGCAACAGUUACACCAGCCUGUCAGCACUGUCCCACCAUCAGAUGUCUCAUUGUGCGCCACAGCAGCAGAUGCCUUCUCUGCACACUGAGGUCUCUGCACGCCCAGCCUUCCACUGCAAACACUGCCCAAAAGAGUACACCAGCCUGGGGGCCCUGAAAAUGCACAUUCGCUCACACACUCUGCCCUGUGUGUGCCCCACCUGUGGCAAGGCCUUCUCCAGACCAUGGCUGCUCAGAGGACACAUCCGCACACACACAGGUGAGCGCCCCUUCGCUUGUCAACACUGCAACCGGGCUUUUGCUGAUCGAUCCAACCUGCGUGCCCACCUGCAGACCCACUCUGAAGUGAAGAAGUACCAGUGCGGCUCCUGCUCGCGGACCUUCAGUCGCAUGUCCCUGCUGCACAAACACACCGCCUCUGGAUGCUGCCCUGCCUCAUAGACUCACAUUCCCUGAACUGUUCUCACGAGCCAUUAGAAGCUGGUUGGGUUUCCCACCGAUUGGAGCCAGGACAGUGGACUCUAAAAUGCCUUCUUAAGUGCUCUCUGUCAGUUGAGGUCAUGUCGGUAUCCGCAGCACAUCUCUGCUGCGUCCUGUCAGCCGUGUGUAUGAGAGUGUGAUUUGAGGGCAGCUGGACAUGCAGUUAAUUCCCAGGAAACUCCAUCGGUGCCGGCCGGUCCGGGACUCUGGCCAUGUUGCAGCUGCUUGGGGUGUGUGUAUGUGGGGAUGUCAUUCCUCACCAUACUAUACAUACAUGGCAUGUGUGUGUAUGAGCAAGUGUGUGUAUGUGUUGAGACAGCUGUCUGUGUAUGGCGUACUGUGGAGGCAGGGUGCUGAGAGACGUGUUAGCUGUGACCUCGACGACAGGUGACCCCCCGCUCGCCCCUCCUCACGCCACAAACUCCACCACACACUCAUUGUGUGUCAUGGGACAUGAAAGGACCACUUAGACUUGACCAAUCUUGUCAUUUAGCAGUCUAAAGUGACAUUUAUUUAGCUUUUUGGGAAAGUUUUGACCUACAGUUUUUAUGUCCUAUUUUGUUGAACAUGCCUUUCACAUGGGAAUACUGUGCCUUUUGCUGCCACAUGUAAAUAAAAG